AUGUCAAGACCCACCCAGCAACAGAACCCGGCCACAACGGCUCCCGCCCCCUUCGUCUUUGACCCAGUGCCAGAGGCUAUCGACGCUGUCAACCGGGGAGAGUUUGUCGUCGUCAUGGACGAUGAGAACCGGGAGAACGAGGGAGAUUUGGUGUGUGCGGCGUCAAAAGUUACGACGGAGGGUAUGGCCUGGAUGAUCAAGUGGACUAGCGGUUUCAUCUGUUGCUCUCUCCCUCCUUCCCGUCUCGCUGCUCUCCAGCUCCCGCCCCUCCUGCCUCCCUCUGGUGUUUCGCAAGAUCCCAAGGGUACGGCUUAUCACCUCACCGUCGACUCGGCACCGGGAAAGAAUCCCGUUACGACCGGUAUCUCUGCCCACGACCGAGCGUACACUGCGAGGAUCUUGGCGAAUGAGGAGAGCGUAGAGGGAGACUUGACCAGACCUGGACAUAUGGUCACGCUGAGGUAUACUGUUGGCGGAGUGCGAGCUAGGAGGGGACAUACGGAGUGCGCUGUUGACCUGUGCUACCUGGCUGGCCUCCCACCAGCAGGUCUCUUGUGUGAGCUUGUCCACCCGACGGACGAAGCCGGCGAGAUGGCCCGACGAGAUGACUGCUGGCGGUUCGCUAAGGAGUGGGGACUCAAGAUUAUCAGUGUGGAGGGUUUGGCAGAGUAUGUGGAGAGGGAGGGCAAGGAUCUGGUGCCGGAGGCGCUUGCUAGGGCUUGA